AUGGAAGCGUCGUCAUCAAGAACCAGAUCGCAGGGUACAACUAUGCACAGCAACUUCCAACGCUCCUUGUCCCCCUCGGGCCGGUUCUGCUCCUCUUCAAUCUCGACCUCAUCCGCUGCAUACGUGUCGACCCGGACCGAAUCGUUCCUGACCCGUCCUUCUAGUCCGACACGUGUCAAUGUCUGCAGAUCAGUUUCCCCUUCUCCCACUGUAAGGUUCUCUACCUCACACAGCCGCUCAAUCGCAUCUUCUCAUAACCGGUAUCAAAAUCAGGGUACCCGUGCCCGUCAGUUCAAUUCGGGUCCCAAGAAGACGUGUAUGUGUUCCCCUACUACACACCCGGGGUCCUUCCGGUGCAGUUUACACAAGGACAACAAUCGGAGCCGUGGGUACAACGGUGAUAGCCAGACGUCGUUUCGGUCGAGUCACCACUUGAAUAUGCGGAGAUCGGCGAUGACGAAUUCCUUGGUGAGAAUCGGAACCGUUGAAGGAGAUUUAGUGAAGAGAGCUCUCGCUGCUUUGAUUCGCCCGUCGUCGCAUCAUCUCCGCCGCCGUGACGAUUUCCAGCCACGGCCAAGCCGACUCUCAAUCAUAGAUAUGCUUUGCAAAAUCUGGCAUUAUGGUUUUGGAAUUUCAAGUUUGUGGAUAAUCUGCAACUGGGAUUUAUGCAUCAGCACUCUGUUUCCAAUACAAAAGGUACACCUGGGGUGGGGCGGGAGAGGGGGUCAUGAAGGAAAGAACUGA